GUCUAGCUGAAGUCACUACUUAUUUGUGAUGUUGAAUUUUAGUAAUAGGUGAUAACAAAUGAAAUAAUGACCGUUUAAUGAAAAGAAGAAUCUAAAACAAAUUUGAAGAAACUGUUCUAUGCAUAUUCUUUCUAGGCCUACCCAGUAGCGCCUGAGUAGGACCAAAGACACAGAAAGAUUCGUUACGGCCGACGCUAAUGACAUGACGGACCUGGUGCUCGUCCUGUGUAUGUUCAGUUCUUUCAUUAGUGUUGUCGAUGGCGUGGUGUGCACGCGCGUCACGAGGACCCUGUGGCGCACCACGAGAAAGGAAUUCACGUGUAAGAACGGGUGCUGCACUAAAGCCGGCGAAACAGUCUGCUGUGAAGGAGAUGAGAUUGGUCUGAUAAUUGGAAUCGUGGCCGUGGUUCUUAUCGGACUAGCUGUUGUAAUUGUCUUUAUAUACGUCUUUUGGAAGAAGUCGAAGGGGGGUCAAACAGUAUGCAGCAGUUUUGAAAGACCCCAAGGAAUUCCACUGGGCGGAAUGACGAGAGUUCAGUGUGCAUCUAAAGUGUACCUGAAUUCAAAACCGGCUCUCAGCAAAACAAAACAACCACCGGCAGACGUCGUGAAUACCAAAAAGUCGCAUUUGAAUCCUGUGAUGUGAGACGAAAAUCCACCCAAUACCGUUUCCGAAACUAAAACAGACUAGAACCAUUUUCCAAAAAUAUAUAGGCGACGGAAGAUGACAAUCACUGUGUGUGUGUGUGUGUGUGUGUGUGUGUGUGUGUGUUCGCGCGCGCGUGUUAAUAUUAUUUUUAAAGGGGCGAGGCGCGGGGGAGUGGGACAGAGGGGAGGUGACGCAAUGUUUUUUGUACAGAGUUUGGGCCAGUCAUCCAUUUCCACACACCCCGGCGUCUGACGCCUGUGAAUGAGGUAUGUUUAGUACAAACUGGCAGCACACAUUUGUAACAUGAUUUUUUAAAUUUUGUUUUAUAUUCUAAAUUCGAAUCGUAAACAGGUACAAUCCAUAUAAACAUUGUAUACACAAGGUUUUGCAAAAGUAUAUUUGUUGAAAUGUAAUAUAUCAUUGGAAUACA